AGUCAGAAAACGAAACGGCUGCCCUCAAGGAGUGAGUUCGUCAGAGAUAAGCUUUAAAGGGCCGACGCGUCCUCGUGUGCAGCAACUCAUAAAGUAUGAUUCGUUUCCAGUCCAAAGUACAGCAGCAUUAUUUUCAAAGUAAAACAUCUACACAAAACGAAAAGUUUAUCCCAAGUGGUUAUGCAUCGUUUCAAGGGUAUAUGUAGCGUUUAGUACCAAUGACAGGGUACGAUGCAGUUCUCUAAAUACACUUUAUCUGUACAGUCAGUAAACACAGCAGGCAGACUUUGGACUGCUCAAACCCCCCGUCCUCUCCCCUCCCUUGUCCGCUCAGCUCUAGUUGCACAGAGUUCCGUGUCAGCUGAAACAUGGACACCAAAGACUUCGACUGCAUCGUCCUGGGAGCCGGGAUCCAAGGCUCGUACACCGCCUACCACCUCGCCAAAAACAAGAAGAAAACUCUGCUAGUCGAACAGUUUGUUCUGCCCCACUCCCGGGGCAGUUCCCACGGACAAACGCGCAUUAUCCGGAAAGCCUACGAGCAAGAUUACUACACUCGCAUGAUGUCAGAGUGCUACCAGCUCUGGGCACAGCUGGAGAAGGAGGCUAACGUUCAAAUAUACCGGAAUACAGGGAUGUUGGUUCUGGGUAAGGAGGACUGUAGUGUAUUCCAAAGUCUCAGAGGAACACUGCUGCGGAACAACGUCCCAAUGGAGGUCCUCUCUCCCGAGCAGUUUGCAAGCCGCUUCCCCUCCGUCCACCUCCCCCCAGGGGAGUCUGCCGUGAUCGACAAGACUGCGGGAGUCCUGUACGCCGACCGAGCCCUGAAGGCCGUUCAGGAUCUGUUCCGCAGGCUCGGAGGCGUGAUUCGUGAUGGGGAGAAAGUAGUUGACUUCACACCAGGGUCUCCCAUCACCAUGACAACAAACUCCGGAGUGUAUCGCACAAAAAGCCUGGUAAUUACCGCGGGACCUUGGGCAAAGAGUCUGCUUGCAUGCACGGGACUACAGCUACCACUGCAGGUCUUAAGAAUUAAUGUCUGCUACUGGAAGGAAAAGAUCCCUGGUACAUAUGGGAUAGGCAAGCACUUCCCCUGCUUCAUUGGCGUGAAGCAGCAUGGAGCAAAACACGACAUCUACGGCUUGCCAUCCAACGAGUACCCAGGACUGAUGAAGAUUUGUUAUCACAGUGGCAGCGAGACCGAGCCAGAUGAAAGAGACAGGCAGACUUCCCGGGAGGACAUUGCCGUCCUCUCCAACUUCGUUUCCAAAUCCUUCCCAGGGCUGGACCCCACGCCUGCCGUAGUGGAACAGUGCUUGUACACGGUCACUCCGGACUCGGAUUUCAUUCUGGACCAGCAUCCCAGGCACAGGAACAUCAUCAUUGGGGCUGGAUUCUCAGGCCACGGCUUCAAGCUCGCUCCGGCUGUGGGGAAGAUCCUCUGUGAGCUUGCCCUGGGGAAGACCCCGUCCUUUGACCUUUCACCUUUCAGAAUCAAGAGGUUCCAGCCCCACCUGAAAUCUGCCCUGUGAAGCAGGAUGCUGGGGAGCACAGCUGCCUCUGGGUGGCAGGUUCAGCAAGGUUCCAAGGGUUAAAACAAGUCCUGCCCUUAACAGUAGUUCUGUAUAACCAAACACUGCUGAUUAAUUCAUAGGAUGCACUUCAUCUUGAAAUAGCGCUUGUUCUGGGUGUGACAGCGCUGUCGUUCUAAGUGGUUCUGGGAUGGGGUGCCAUGGUAACGGUACAUGUGUUCAGCGUUUAAAAAAAAAAAAAAAAAAAAAAAAGUCUGUUUUUUCAUUUUCACAUUUGCUUGGUUUCCAAACAGGAAAUUGAUGUCGGCGCUCCUUUAUCUCUUAUUUCCUCUCCCCGUCUCUUGGUUGGCCAGGAAAACUCAAGAGUGGGGCGGGGGUAUUUUCACAAUGCUUUGCUGUCAGAGCUGUUCCCCUCUGUAAAGGUUUUACUCAGCAGUCACUGUUAAGAUUGAGAAGGACAGCAGUCCUCAUUUUAAAUGUGAUGAAUGAUACUGUGUUUCUCUCAGCGUGAUCACUGUGCUAUCCAUGUGCAAUGUGUAACUGAACUCCUAUUGAUGCACUCAGUAAAUUAAAAGCAACAUUAGGCAGGGUUA